GCGUGGAUGUCAGAUCCAGGCAUGUGUCACAAUAAGUGAAAUGAUUAUAGUUGCAUUUAGCAAAGCAAAUGGUGGAAUACGUCUUUUGGCAGGAUUUUUAAUAAAUAGUUUCGAUUAUUAUAGUUUCAAUGGUACCGUCGAAACAAAAGGUUUUGCUUCGCAACCUUAG